GUGGGAAGGUGGUGAUGAGUUGUGGGUCGGGGAAUCCUGGAGCCCAGUCAGGAAAUGGCGUACAGUGGUCAGUGUGAUUGGACUCAUACGCCUUUGGGGGAGAGCCAGAAGGGAGCAGAAUUUUAUUGAGAGGCAGCACUGAUGAUACUGAGUGAGUUUCUCUAGGUCUCCUUUACUGUGUCUUUUUGAUAGAUGGUCCUAUGCACUUCCCAGGGAUAUGUGUGUGUGUGUGUGUGUGUGUGUGUGUGUGUGUGUUUUCAAUAUGCACGUGUGAUGUGCGUGUACCAUACACAUAGUUCUUGUGCUCCUGUGGGUGACAGAAUACCAGCAACACUGCUUUUCUAAGAUUACCUCAUGGCCUACAUUGGGGAUUAAGAACACAAGACUUCUCUAAGCUGAUGUCCUUCCUGCAGCCUGUGCCUUUUGGACCAGAAGCUGUGUGGGCCUCACCCUUAGAGGCCAAAGGUGUUUGGGUUGCCAGGCAGCCCUUCCAGCCCCCAAAUAGCCUGCCUCCCUGGUCUCCCUCUGCCUAGACCUCAGAAGAGAGCAGCAGCCCAGGUCUCAGCUCCUGUGGUGUUUCUUCCCCAUCUCUCAGGGCAUUCCGAUGCUGCCCUGGUUAUUUGGACAGGUGUAGGUCUGAGGAGCAGGACAAGUAACUUCCUUUUCCUUCUUGCACAGUGGAAGAACAGGGCUGAUCUCUUUGCAGCCAGUGCAGGCAGGGGUGGGUGCCCCAGGGAUUUAUUGUUCAGAAGGGCGGGGUAUGUGCUUGCAGAGAUUAGUCCCCAGUCCCUCCGUGUAGAGCAGCCAUUGACUCUCCCCCGGCUACCCACAGAGGCUGCAGCACAUCAGGCAUGGCAGGACCUAGGCCAGUGGUGCUGAGUGGGCCGUCAGGGGCAGGGAAGAGCACCCUGCUCAAGAAGUUGCUCCAGGAACAUGACAGCAUCUUUGGCUUCAGUGUGUCCCAUACUACAAGGACCCCACGACCUGGCGAGGAAAAUGGCAAAGAUUACUACUUUGUGACCAGGGAGAUGAUGCAGCGUGAUAUUGCAGCAGGGGACUUCAUCGAGCAUGCUGAGUUCUCGGGGAACCUGUACGGGACAAGCAAGGCGGCUGUUCGGGCUGUGCAGGCCAUGAACCGCAUCUGCGUGCUAGACGUCGACCUACAGGGCGUCCGCAGCAUCAAGAAGACUGAUCUGCAUCCCAUCUACAUCUCUGUGCAGCCCCCCUCGAUGGAUGUGCUGGAGCAGCGACUGCGGCUGCGCAACACCGAGACCGAGGAGAGUUUGGCCAAGCGGCUGGCAGCUGCCCGGGCUGACAUGGAGAGCAGCAAGGAGCCUGGCUUGUUUGACCUGGUGAUCAUCAAUGACAACUUGGAUACAGCCUAUGCAACAUUGAAGCAGGCGCUCUCCGAGGAAAUCAAGAAAGCUCAAGGAACUGGCCAUGCCUGAGGCCUGCUUCAUUCCAGAGUGCUGCCUGUGCCCCACAUGUGCUUGGGUUAUGAGGUGGGGUGGUCUUUGCCAGGGCACCAAGGACUUGUAAUAGGCUUCCGCCGUGGAGUAGGAGGAGCUGCCCCUUGUCUGGCCAAUUGGUGGCUCUUCACCCUGUAUUGACUUGCCGAGGCUAAAGGACUACGAUAUGUACCCACACCUGUCCUCCCUGGGCUGUCCCUGUCCAUACCCCUGUCCCUCCUGCUGGAGCAGGACUGACAUUCUAAUAAAGUAACUAUUGGGUUAGAGUG